CCGCCCCCCGCAGAGCACAGGGAGUUGUCCCUGGGAACCUGGGCGUGUGGGCAUUUGGGUGGGAGAGUCAAGGGUCCGGCUUUACCCUCCUCCAAUUUCUGGGGUGCAGAGGCAAGCAUCCAGUGGCUAGAGUGUCUGCCUUGGCCCCCAUUAGCCUCUUUGGGGCAAAAAGUAGGCCCUAGGAGAUCUAGGGCCCCACACCGGCAGUGCUACAAGCUUCACAGGUGGGGUUCCCGCCAUCUAUAGUGCUGGGAGUGAGGGGGGCAUUCAGAGGUGGGAAAGGGGGCACUGAAGCUUUCAUUUUGCCCUGAUGCAAGUGGCAACUCUGGACACUAGCUGCUGCUCCUAACUCACCCCCAGAUUGCCUUAGAAUGGUCCCUGUGUGGAGGUUUUGGGGUGAAUUUUUACUAGAAGAGGGGACAGAACUCCUGUGAGAAUAGGGAGUUUCCAAAAAGAACCCCCCUUCCAGCUGGAUGCUUGUGCCUCCUCCGCCUGAUUCCCCACACCCCAAAUCGCACCCUUUCUCAGAUUGGGGUUUCCCCAAAAAUCGAGAAGGAGAAGAAAAGAAGAUGGCGACUGAGAAAAGCGUUGCUGGUGGAGCAGCCAUGAAGAAAUGCAAUAAAUUCCUUGUUGUUUUAUGAAAAUUUACAACUUUGUGAUAGAAGUUUAUGAGUGGUUGAAUCCAGCGAUUGGCCAGCGCCGGUCAUGUGGCCGGGCAAUCGUGAACAUGAACUUUUUAUCAUUUCCCUGGUGGUUAUAAUGCAGCAUUCUUUUGGACACCACACCUAGGUCGGAGCACUGUCGUCCUUCAGGGCUUCAGCCUCUUGAUAUUUUUAUACUUCAGUAUCAGCUCGAUAAAGCAAAAGAGAGAGAGGAAAAGCGAGGGGGAGAGGAAAGAAGAGAGAGAGAGAGAGAGAGAGAGAGAGAGGGUGGGGGGAAGGAGGGGUGGGAAUUACACAAAAGAGAAAACCAAAAAUAAUUUUAAUUUCUAAGUUAAUUUGCUUGCUGAUCUGGGAUUUUAGUCAUCAUGGAGGGUAAAUGGACAAUCUGCCCAGGACUGCAGCCUGAUACCAUUUUUCAAAGCCAGAACUUACUCCAUUUUCUAUGCAAAUAUCAGAAAAGCGAACACCCUCUCUUCCCAAGUCAGAGAAGGGGAAGCAACGGCUCUCAGGUUGGGACAAUAUUAUCUGGAAGAUGAAGAAGAAACCGAACGCUCUCUCUCCCUCUCUCUUUUUUUUUUUCUUUCCUUUCUCUCCACCCCCUUCAAUCGGAGGAAAGAAAUCCCAAGGUCUGCAAAGGUAAGAGAAAUUCUACAAUUUCUUCUUAUUCUUUUGCAUCGAUUUUUACAGGAGGUGGGGGCUUGGGUUUGUCUCUCUCUUCCCCCCGGCCAAGACGGGGUUGAACCCCACCUCUGGGCGCUGCAGGGAGAAGCUUCUCAGGACAUUCGGUGGCCGAGAGAGGGGUGGAUGCUCCCUGGAGGGGGAGCAGGGCAGGGAGACGGGAGGAGGAACAGAAAGGGGCCAUGGAGGCGAGCUCUAAGUCGCCUUUUUAAGCUGGGAGGAGAGGUUUAAGCGAGGGGGCUGCAAAAGAGAGGAUGGAGAUGUCUGGGCUUCGGGACGCCGGCAGAAGCCGGUUGCGACGGCCUCCGUGGGUUUGCGCCCCCUCCCCCUCCACCAUCCUUCCCUUGUUCCGGCCUCCCCCAAUUGCCCCCGCGCAGUUCUCUUGCCCGGUGCGGGUAUCGGGUAUCGGUGGUUUCCCGGCAGCACUGGCACAAGGGGCGGUGGCGCUGAGGGACGUCCUGGUCUCUGGAGGGCCUGGAAUCUCCGCAGAGGCCAGCAAGGGCGAGGAGGCGUCUAGAGAGACACAGAGAGAACAAUUCACAGAGAAAUACUCAUGAUCUCCCUUCGGAGAUAUUUCUGAAAUUCAAGGGCUGUGGGUGGAGGUACCCAAAUCGAGGGAGACCUCCCAGGAAGCAUGCCUGAAAAUGCCCAGGUCGUUCGCCACUCCCGCAGGAGGGAGCCUCGCUCUGCAGGGAGACAAUUUUGUGGUUUUUAACGCGGUAGGUUACAGCGUGUUGAUUUCUGUGCAAUAUCGGUUCUAUUACUUGUGUUUUAUUGGUAUGGAUUUCGGUGGAGGAGGAAAUUGCCGUGUGUGUCUUGAUAUGGAAACAUUUCAAACUUUCCUAGAUCCAAAUGUGGUGAUUGUGAAGAAGCUGUUUAACACGUUGUUUUAGGCAUGUAAACAAAAGAGAAAAACAAAAACAAAAAAAGAGAAGAAUAAAAUUAAAAGAAAAUCCCAUUAGGGGACCUGAUGGUGUCCGGACCAGAAAGCUGCCUGGCACUGAGCUCAGACAGCUAAUCCUGUCCCUCCGGCGCCUGAUUUCAUUCCCCAGCCAGACCUCCGGGGGCGGGGGUAGGGGGGAGAAGAACCGUAGGGCGGGAGGCCGAGAUUCCUAAAGUAGCUGGUGGGGUUGAAAAAGGCACAAGUCGCUAGGUGAGGACUUAAAAAUAGAGAGGGCUUCUGGGGAAGCUGCCAGACGACAGAUAAGGGACUUAGGGCGCGGAGGGCAGGAGAGACUGUGAUUUAGUUUGCUUUGCAGGAAUAGGUGAUUGCUUUCCUCUUUUUAAAGAGCAGAUGCAGAGCAUUCAGCCUCAGGCCUCUGGUUGCCCAGGGAUUUGGGGGUCUGGGUGUGUGUAGGGGGAUAUUGACCCUCUCAAUCCCGAGCUGAGAAGAGAGAAGCAGCCACUUGUGGCGCUGGAGGGGGGCCCCUGGAGGCACAGGUAGAUGCCCUCGAAGCAGGCCCGGCAUGGGUGCCUGAAGGGACUCCUCGGCUGCGUAGCGAGAGGAGUUCUCGGCCAGCACCCACGGCACUAAGAGCCUAUUCUCAAAGGAAAAAUUCCCCAAACCCACCCAGACUAAAGGUCUUUUUCUCCUGUAGUCUUGGCGGGGUAUAAAUCAUCCCUCAGACAGUUUACUCUGACCCAAAUUAUGCGGUUUGCUGCCAUCUACCGUCCGUUUGGAGACAUGCGGCUUCGGCGCCGAAUGCCCCGCGACACUGCCUGAACCGUGCCCGACGAUUGGAGCCCCCGCCGCUCUGGUUCGGCGGGCUUCUGGGGACGUCGGCCCAGAUUGACGCUUUCCGCUGGAUCUCGGUUCCCGCCUGCCCGCGUGUGAAUUGGAGAACAAGCGUCCCCUCCCCCUUGUCAGCCUCAUCCCAGCUCCAAACCUCGCGGCUGGCUGAGGGAAGCGGCUUUUUCUAGGGCAUAUUUAAAAAGGACUAAUACUUCAUCCCGCCCGCGGGCAGGGGCCCUGAAUCAAAGGACUGGGGGAUCAGAGUCGAGAGCCCUCUCCCCGCUAUCCCCCUCCAAGCUCAAGAGGGGAUCACCAGGGCCGCUAGGGAGAUCCGAGGCCAAGGCUGUUCAAGGUUUAUUUGGUUUUCUUUUCGGCUAAGGGAGGGGUCCCGCAGGGGAGGCGCUGGCCCGGGCAGUUCCACUCGGUUGUCAAAAGACAAACCGAAUCUGUUUUCUCCGGGUUGGGUGGUGGGUCUUGCCAGUUUCUUGGCCAUUUGAGUCUGUGGUGAAGGAAUUGAGCCGAGUUUUCUGGAAACUGUUGUCUUGCAAGUGAGUGUGCGUCCCCUUCCCUAUUCCCGAUCAUUUCAAGCGAAAUCGACACAAAUAUGCUUUGGGAAAAAAAACGGGGAGUGGGAGUGGGGAUCAAUCAGUAAGGAACCCUAACCCUUGUAAUUUCCGUUCCUGCCGGACCCCUCAUACCCACUUAAGCCGACUGCUUUCCCAGAAGCGGGUGGCGAGGGCGGGGGUACGCGCCGCUGCCUCCGAGUUUGAAUAUUGGCCCCUGUUUCACGGGUUACUGAUUAGCUCGGGCUUUCAAGCCGCAGGAGGAAGCUCUGGCCGCUCCUUUCAAGGUGCUGUGGCCCCAGUUCCUGGGCGGGGGCUCCAGGAAAUUGCUUGCGGUGCCAGGCAGGCCGAGGUGUUACUAGGUUCUGGCCCGGAGCUGCCGAGGUCGAGGGGCCCAGCGGUACUGGGGGCAAACGCGGGGGCUGCGGCCCGGAGUCUUUGGCGCCUCUCGAGUCUGGGCCGCAGGAGCAGCCCUUUCAGCUCUUCAGCAGAGAGUGACUUUCUGGCGGCUAGAAGGCCCGGCCCAGUGCUGGAGGCCCCGAGGGAGCGCUCUCCGAAGGUCUUGGGCCCCUCGGAGGAUUUUUUCUUGUGGACAAUCCGAAGGACAGAUGGGGAGGGUAAGGCGGCUGGUAUAGAGGAUUGAAACCCUGAAGGGCUCUUAGGGUGCCCAAGGACCUGGGGAGAGGGAGCUGAGCUGCCACUGCUCCCCCCUCCAUCAGAGAAGAUGCCGUUCAUUUGCAUAAUGGAAAUGUCUUUGUACUGUGCUUUGGACUGGCCAAUUUAAGGCAAUGUUCUCUCUGAACAACUCUCGAAGAGUGGGAGAGGCCACACUGCUCCCUCUGGGAACAUUUGUGUUCCCCCAAACCAGAGAAUCACAGAGUCUAGGGGAAGAACUGGGUUGAGAUGUUUGAAUUCACCCCACCCCAAUCACAGUUGGGAGUGGGGUGGGGGAAGGUGCCCACAGUCCUAAGAGCUGGGGGUGGGGGGAGCUUUGCAGCUGAGAGGAAGUGGGAAGCCUGGACAAUGUCUCAAUCCCCUCCCCUCCACACACCUACUGGCAAAUAUCCUCCCUGAGAUUACCGGUGCAGGAGAAUCUUACUCCAGAGCUGAACACAACUUAGACUUUUCCCUGGGAGCUGGAAUGUGUGUACGUCCACAGGACCACAGGGUCAUAGCUCAGAAAAUUACAAUUAUACAUCCUGCCUGUGGGAUUUCUAUGCAAUCCUUCUGCUGUGUACUCAAGACUUAGUACACGUUUAUAUCCGCCUCUCCAUACACACACUUUCUCGUUGAGCAGGGGGAGACACCCCAGACCUGCCGAUGGCUGUGCCCACUGUGUAUUUACAUAUUCCCCCUUGGAGACAGACAGACGGCAGUGGACGGAACCACAGACAGAUUCAUAGAGAUCUGGCUCCAGAAGCCAGGCGGCCUCUGGCCCAGCCCUGCCUGCCUGCUCUUUCUCCCAAACAAACGGAUCAGACGAAUAAACGCUCAUAAAUACCUCUGGGCUUAGAUAAGAGCGAUGAGGCGCUAUUUCCUUUCAUGCCGGACUCCAGGCGCCCAGGCUCUGCCUUUGCGGCUCCAUCUCACGACAGGCAACCUGCAGAGGUGAGGUUAAUUUGGGGCUAUGACUCUAAGGAUAAGGCGAUUAUUCUUGUGUUUCUAUCACAGGGGAAGACUUCCUCCCUCACCAAAUCUUAUGUUAUCCAGGCUUCAUGGAAAAGCCCACACCAUCCAGUCCUAGUAUGAGGACAUUGUGGCCAGAGAGGAGGCACAGAGGGCUGAGGCGAAGGCCCCGCCUCAGUAGCAAGGAGGAGGGAGGUACACCAGGCACUCCCCCCACCUUGCUCCUCCAGCCCAAAUGUUCCCCAUUCCUCUCCAGGAGUGGGCCUGACCACAGCUGGAUUAGAGCACUUAUGACUCUCCAUCAUUAGGAGGCUUGAGUUUAUUUUCUUAAAUCUUGACAAAACCCCCCAAAGAGUUGGGCUAGGAAGUGGUGGAUGGGACAACUGGGAAUAGCCACUUAGCCAUGAAGUUGCAGCCCAGAAGUUGUCCUGAGUUCAGGGAGCCUUGGAGGCCACUUUGCAAGCAACCAAGUUCCCACCCUUGGUCACCAACUUCAGCCCUCUACCUCUUUUCCUAAUGCCUUGUGCCAUCUUCAGUGGGCAGAAUUGUCCCAUAAAAAGGAGCCCAAAGAACAAGUCAGAGAAGGGUCAGCCCGGCCCCUUCAUCAUCAGGUUUUGUCUCCCACCCUGGCCCAUUCCUGGCCCCAGGUCCAAAGGUUGUCACCCUUUAUGCCUAGCCUCCACGUGCACAUUAGAAUGUUGAAAAUACACCAUGGCUGAGUCUUCCAGCCUGCCUCCAAUGCUCAUUUUCCUUAGAUGAGAGAGAGAGAGUCAGAGAUGUACACACUCUCUCACACCAAAGCCUGUAGGUAGCAAGCGGGUGAUACAGACAUGAGACGUGGUAGGGAUUGUAGAGAUGCUGAGAGACAAACAGAAGGGUAGUGAGCAUCUGGAGAGGGGAUACGGAAUGAUAGUUGUAAGCUGCCUGCUGCAACCCCAGGAGGACCCAAUCCCCCUCUCUCCUUAUAAAACUAAACAAAAACCAAGUCUUGAGAAAGAAUUAAUUUUAAAGAGAACCGCCAGCUUCUGGAGAGACCUGGAAAAGGAGCAAGGGCUCCUCUCUUCCCAGUGGUCUCUGAUUGUCUCCAAUAUCAGGAGGGUUUGAGGACCCAGACCUGGAGGAGGGAACAAUUUCUUCCCUGAACCCAGACUUACUGAAACACCUUUGAUUCCUAAGAAUCUAUAGCCCAGUAUAUUCUAAUGUCUUUUGGGGUAGGAGGUGGGGUGGAGGGAGGGUUGCAGGCAGGAUAGGGAUCAGACAACCUAGGUUGGAGGAUGCCUUUCACCCCUCCUCUCCCUAUCCCCCUCUUCCCCGUGCCCCUUCCUGUGCCAAGAGCAAGCAGUACAUACUAGAACCAGGCAAGAUGUCUUGGGCAGCGGCAGCGGUAGCCUUCCCAGAAGCUCCUAGCCUAGCUGCACAACCAGAGGGAGAAGCUUAGCCUCAGACCCUGCUCCCAUUUCCCAGCCUUCUGGGUCCUCUGGGCAGCAGGCUCUGGCCUGUCUCUCAGACCAUAAGAGUUGCAGAGAAGCAGGAAUAACAAACCCAGGCUUGGAGGAGAUGGAGUAGAUCUGAGAAACAGGAAAAACGUUUUUCAAAACCUGGGAAGAGAGGGUUUCUUCUUUGCUUCUCGCUUUCUGAAAACAAUGCUGAUCAGUGGAGAACUCUUCUCCCCUUCUACCAGUACAAACCCCGAGAAAACAGCCUCCUCCUUUAGCUCUCUUCUAAGGAGAUUGAGAUUCAAGAUUCAGAGACAUUUACCCACCUUCCCUGGAGGGAAUAAACCCUGCCUUGCCUAACCCCAAGCAAAGCAGGGGUUAACUUCUCUGAAAACACAAUUAACUUUUUCCUCUUCUGCGUGGGGAGGGGAGGGAUAUAUUUAUUUGAUCACUGGGGGAUGGGGUGGUAUCAAUCCAAGUGCUCCCUCCUCCCUCAAAGGCACAGACGCCUCUUUCGCAGACCCUACGUAGGUGGAACAGGACGGGUUGUGCUGUUGGGGAGAGAGAGAGAGAAAGCAGAAGGAGAAGAAGGAGGGGGAAAAAAAAAGGUUGAUAGGUUUGUGCGCGGGUCCCUAGCGCGGGCUGCGCUCCUCCUGGGUGCUAUUUGACAAUUCCUGCCUCUGCCAUUGGUCAGUGUUGGAUCAGAUGGUUGUAUUUCCUUCUGGCCCUCACUGGCACCUCGCCAUCCCCCCUCAGCUAAAACCCAAUCUCAGAUAUACUACUAAUAGGCGCGGCGCUCGGACUAUAAAACACAACAAAUCAUAAACCCGGCGGAGCAGCAGCGGCCGCGCGCGCCUCCCCUCCCAAUGAGUUCCUAUUUCGUGAACUCCACCUUCCCCGUCACUCUGGCCAGCGGGCAGGAGUCCUUCCUGGGCCAGCUCCCGCUCUACUCGUCGGGCUAUGCGGACCCGCUGAGGCACUACCCCACGCCCUACGGGCCCGGGCCCGGCCAGGACAAGGGCUUUGCAGCUUCCUCCUAUUACCCGCCGGCCGGUAGCGGCUACGGUCGGGCGGCGCCCUGCGACUACGGGCCGGCGCCGGCCUUCUUCCGCGAGAAGGAGUCGGCCUGCGCGCUUUCGGGUGCCGACGAGCCGCCCCCGUUCCACCCGGAGCCGCGGAAGUCCGACUGCGCGCAGGACAAGAGCGUGUUCGGCGAGGCGGAGGAGCAGAAGUGCUCCACCCCAGUCUACCCCUGGAUGCAGCGGAUGAAUUCAUGCAACAGUUCCUCCUUUGGGCCCAGUGGCCGGCGAGGCCGCCAGACCUACACGCGCUACCAGACGCUGGAGCUGGAGAAGGAGUUUCACUACAAUCGCUACCUGACGCGGCGGCGGCGCAUCGAGAUAGCGCACGCCCUGUGCCUGACGGAAAGGCAGAUCAAGAUCUGGUUCCAGAACCGGCGCAUGAAGUGGAAAAAGGAGAGCAAACUGCUCAGCGCGUCUCAGCUCAGUGCCGAGGAGGAAGAAGAAAAACCAGCCGAAUGAAGGCGCUGGAAGGGGGCGGGGGGACGCGAAGGGAGAGGCCUUCGGGGAGCCGAGGGCAUCGGAGAGCCCCGAGAAGGCUCUGCGGGCGGGGGAGCCUGGGGACCUGCUCUCCAGCGCGCGACAGGCGGGGCCACUGCUCUCCUGGAUACCCCCGCCCGCAAAGCUCUCGCUGGGCGCUGGGAGGCCGCGCUGCCUGAGCCCAGCCAGCACCCCAGCGCCCCCUCCAUCCCCGUGGAACCUCCUCAGCCCAAAGAGGCUCCCCCGUGAGAACUGAGGACCGGACUCACUUGAUGUUUCCUGGAAGCAGAGCAAAACGCUCUUGUCCGUGUCGCGUCUCAUUUCGUCCAUGUCCCCCGUGCACGGUUCAAUGGUAGAUUCGCAGUCCCCUCAGCGGGGGCCUCGAAGACUCCCUGACCCCAGACCUCUCUCCCAGCCCCUCCCCAAAGCCACUGGAAGGAGCACAUACUACCUAGAAGUAAGAAGAGGAGCCUCAGAAGAAAACAAAGUUCUAUUUUAUUAA